AUGGAACCACUGCUCUUUAAUAGUGGGAAAGCAAAUCCCUCACAAGAUGUUUUUAUAGAUGUGGAAGUUGGCGAUAUUACCACAAAAUAUGGUUCUACAAAUACUGGAUCAUUCAGUUCGAUGGAUACGGUGGAAGCGCAGGCGAUAAAAGCAGAGACGGCGAGAUUCAUGGAAGUUCCUCAGGGAAGGCAUUUAGGUGUGUUUUCUACGGUUGUGUUAUUUGUUUCGAGGAUAGUGGGAUCAGGCAUAUUUGCAGUUCCCAGUGUGAUUUUACUGAAUACAGGCGGUAAUAAGCUGAUAUAUUUUGCGAUUUGGGUUUUCAGCGCUGUGAUUGCGUUUGCAGGAUUAUAUCUUUUUCUAGAAUUUGGUUCAUGGAUACCGAAAUCUGGCGGACGUAAAAACUUCCUCGAACGUAGUUUUGAAAGGCCCAAAUUAUUGAUUAGUGUGGUGUUUUCCUGCUACAGCGUUUUAACCGGGUAUGCAUUAACAGGUUCUAUUGUCUUUGGCAAAUACGUGUUGAGCGCAUUUGGGGUGACGGAUGACUCGUGGUCCAAGUACAUUAGCAUAUCAUUUAUAGUCCUCGCAGUUCUUAUUCACGGUGUCUCUGUAAGACACGGAGUGUUCAUACAAAAUGCUCUUGGUGGUUUGAAGUUGAUAAUGAUUGUUUUAAUGUGCUUCGCUGGGCUGUACACCCUACUCUUUUAUAAAAGCACCAGUCAAGUUGCUUGGGACCUACCCGUAACCCAAGUCGAGAAGGAUUCUUUUCUAUCAGUGUCCUCUAUUGCUACUGCCUUUAUUAGCUCAUUCUUUUGUUUUUCUGGUUGGGAUACAGUUCACACGGUUACAUCAGAAAUUAAGAAUCCGGUUAAAACAUUGAAAGUGUCAGGUCCUUUAUCGUUGAUAAUUUGUUUCGUCUGUUACACAAUGAUGAACGUAGCAUACUUAAAAGUUUUGACAUAUGAGGAAAUUGUUAAUGCGGGGCCCCUUGUUGGUUCGGUGUUGUUUACCAAGCUUUUCGGACCUCAAGUUGGUGGUAAAUUCAUUUCUUUUUCCAUUGCCAUUUCUGCAGCAUCUAAUAUUCUAGUUGUCAUUUAUGGUAUAUCAAGAGUUAACCAAGAGAUUUUUAAAGAAGGUUAUUUACCGUUCAGUGCACAUAUGUCCAAAAAUUGGCCAUUCGAUGCACCUUUACCAUCCAUUUCUUUAUGUGGCUUUAUAACUAUUGCUUGGAUAUUGAUUUUACCCAAAGAGGGCGAAUCCUUCAAUUAUCUAGUAUCAAUGGAUGGUUAUGGCAACCAGUUUUUCUUAUUAUUGGUUGCUAUUGGCCUCUUUAUUUGGAGAUUCAAACAUAAACACGAAACGCCAGAGAUUCGUGCACCUACGUUUGGCGUUUUAGCCAUUAUUGCGUUGUCAUUGUAUAUGUUGGUGGCUCCAUUUUUGGCCGAUGCUAGUCUAAACAGAGUUGGAUUCUUACCACCCUACCAAAUUAUGUCAUUAUUAGUGAUACUUGCAUGCUUCUUUUUCUGGUUAGUUAAAUUCGUUUUACUACCCAAAUUCUUCCAUUAUAAACUUCUACCCAAAAUUACUUAUUUGCGCGAUGGGCUCGUUGUCACUGAAUGGGUAAAAAAGCCAUCUUUGUAUUAG